AUGGACAGAGGAAUCAUAACAAGACCCCAAAGGAGAACAGCUCUAGUUGCCAAAGAACUAGCACGCUACAACAUCGACAUUGCAGCUUUGAGCGAGACCCGCCUCGCCGAUGAAGGUGUCAACGAAAGGCUGAUGAAGUUACGUCUACCUCUCUGUUACAAGCGCUAUGCAACAAUCAUCAGCGCAUAUGCUCCCACCCUCACGAGCCCGAAGGAGACAAUCGAGCAGUUUUAUGCCGACCUCAGUUCCAUCCUGAACUCUGUUCCCGCCGGUGAUAAGAUCAUCCUGCUCGGAGACUUAAACGCCCGAGUUGGUCGGGACUACGAACGAUGGGAUGGAGUGCUCGGAAGACACGGCGUUGGCAAGAUGAAUAACAACGGCCUCCUACUGUUAAGCAAGUAUGCGGAGUACGAUCUGGUCAUCACCAACACUGUGUUCAGAAUGGCAGACAAGUUCAAGACGACCUGGAUGCAUCCCAGAUCAAAACAGUGGCAUCUCAUAGACUUUGUCAUCGUCCGCCAGCGUGACAUCCAGGAUGUCCACGUCACCAGAGCCAUGCGAGGAGCGGAAUGCUGGACAGACCACCGCCUAGUCCGCUGCACUCUGAAACUUCACAUUGCGCCACGUCACCCAAAGCGUCCAAAGCUUGUGCGCACGCCCUUCAACACAGCCAGACUCCAACAGCCUUCCUACCUACAGAAGUUCCAGAACAGCCUGAAUGAGAAGCUGACUGCAAACGGGCCUGUCUGGAGAUCCAAACGAGAAGUGGAACCAGUUCAGAGAUGUAGUCACCGAGACAGCAAAGACAGCUCUUGGCCCAAAGACGCGGAAACACCAGGAUUGGUUCGACGAGAACAACGAAGCAAUUGA